AUGACUUCUGAGAUAUUUAAGCUGAAUAAAAUCAUCACAGAGAAACAGUCUGAUGAGUUCAAUGAAUAUAAAGAUCUGAUUGAAGGUAUUAGUAAGAUGUCAGACAAUGCAGAGAGCUCAAGUGACUGGAAUAAUAAUAGCUCAGUGAGUGAGAAGACUUGUAUAAGACUAGAAAUUGCAAGACUUCAGCAUGAGAUUGAGUGA